CGGCAUCUUUAACAGGCGCGCGCGCUAAUUAACGGGCUAGCAUCAGACGUUAAAGGGCGGAAAAUCGCGCAAUUGAGCAGCGCGUCCUCAUCGUGUCGUAUAAUAUAAGCGCCGGCCGGGGAUCUUGGAGUGUAAUGGUACGGCUAACCGGUAUAUGUGAUUUCUCUUCCUCUUUCUCUUCCCCAGUCCCGGGAUAAUCGUGCACGAGCGGGGAUUUGUGCAGCCGGUAUUAAAGAGUCAUUUAGCCGGGCCGGUAAUCAUCGCUCUCUCUUAUAACUGUACAGUAUAGUCGCCGGUUAAUAGCGCUGUGCGCCGGCAGCGGAAUUAAAUGCUACCCUACUCGCGGCACAAAACGAUCCACUCCUCGCGUCUUUUUUGCUCGGGCUCUAUCCGGUGAACAUUUCUCUUCGCCUCGGUGAAAUACUUAGCGUAGAUUGAUGCACCAGUCCACUGACGGUAUUAUUCAAUACGUGAUUAUUCCGUCCGCGGCGAAAAUAUUUUUCCAUUGGGAAGCAGUCAUCCGAAUUUGUGUGGGAUUUUUCGUCAAGCGCGUGCCGGUGUCGCUGUAUUUUCGGCGUUAAUAGCUCGCCAUGCGCGAUUAUUUUUCCGCCUGAUUUGAUUUUUUUAAAAAUACUAUGUGUCGCUUGUCUCGCAUAUAAACCGCGUUUCCUGGUUUUAUAUGCGGAAUAAUUACACAAGAAAAUAAAAACCGAUUUAGUAUAAUUUUGUGGAUGCCACGUUGACCCGACCGGCUGACCAUGGGCCGCGGUAGCACUUUAUUAGAGCGCCUGCACGCCACCGGUUACUUGAAUAAAACCGAGGAGGAGAUCCUGGACGCGGCGUCCAAGCUGAUUGAGAGCGAAUUCUACGAUUAUUUCGUGGAAGCCGAAGCCGAACUGCAGACGACGGUUAUCACCAGCAACAGCAGUGCCGGGGCGCAGGCGGCCGCGCUGGCCAGGGAAUUCCCGGUGUCCUAUAAGAUCACCGCCACCGUCGUCCAUGUUACCAUUUUUUUGUUGGGCUUAUUGGGCAAUGGGAUAUUGCUGGCGGCGGCGUGCCGCUCCAAAAGUCUGCACACGCCCACUUAUUAUUAUCUGGUGUCGCUGGCCUGCGCCGACCUCCUGGUGAUCAUCACCGCCAUCCCCGAGGCGCUAAUUGGCCAUCAUGUCGGCAAGCAGUGGCUGCUCGGCUCGGUGGAGUGCGCCGUCUUCAUCUUCCUCAACUUUAUGGGCAUCAACGCCGGAAGUGUCAGCAUAUUCACCUUCACGGUGGAACGGUACAUCGCCGUCUGCCACCCCUUAUUAGCCUACCGCGUCUGCACCCUACGCCGCACCAAGACCAUCAUCCUCUUCUCGUGGAUCAUGGUGGUGGGGUACUGCUGUCCCUGGCUGAUGCUGACGGAAGUCCGGCCCGACGUCAACUUCCCCGAGCGGAAGCAGUGCCACUUCCGGAUGGCGCGCCACUACUACCAGCCCUUCUUCAUCGCCGACCUCACCUUCCUACGUCCUACCCUGCUGACCGCCCUCGUCGCCUACAUCAAGAUCGCCCUGGUCAUUCGCCAGCGCCGCGCCACGCCCACCCGGAAGUCCCCCGCCAGCAGUAGCCACGCCCUGGAGGAGGUGGUGGCCGCCGCGGCGGCGGUGCAGUUGGACGCCGAGAGCGUCAAUAGUGUCAGUAAAUCGAACUCCACCGGGAGACUGAUUAAGGCCAAGAUGUCGGGGCAGGAGGAUUUCCGGGCCAUGCGCCGGCAGGGCAGUGCCCCAGCGGUGCCGAAGAUGCUGGUGGUAGUGGUGAUCUUAUUCGCCAUCUCCUGGCUGCCCUUCCGCCUGAUCCUGGUGUACAACAGUUUCAUGGCCGAGGCCUGGCUAAACAUGUGGUUCCUGUUCUUCGCCAAGACCCUCAUCUACCUCAACUGCGCCAUCAACCCCAUCCUCUACAACAUCAUGAGCCACCGUUUCCGGUUUGCCGUGCGCAAAGCCCUGUGCUGCCAGACCACCGCCGAAGACUCCACCAAGGACAUCUCGCGGCGAACCUCCUUCUGCCGACCGUUGGCGCCCUCGGCCAGCCUGCAGUGGAUCCAGUUGCACAUGGCCACGCCCAUCCGGAAUCCCCGCCCCCUGACCACCUCCCGCAGUCGCCAGUUGGUCCGCCUGCGGGCGCAGUCCCGCUACCGCUCCCCCUGGACGUCCACCCUCUCGCGGCAGGCCUCCUUGAGCCACAGUGUCAGCAACAACAGCAGUUUCCGCUCCGUGGCCACCAGCGAACCCGGCAACCGCGCCGCCUCCGUCGCCAGCUGCUCCGCGGGCGCCGGCCAUCUCUUCUCGCAUCCGGCCGGGAUGAAUACGAUCCCAUCGCGCAGUUACUCCAAACGCAUGCGCUACAUCGACAGCGAAUCGCUGGGGUCUUCGCAUCUGGCCAACAGUCGCGGGUUCAUCUACUGAGUCUACUCACGUGUAUAUAUCCGGUUUUCUUGUUAUUUUAAUCGCUCUGACACUUCCGGUUAUGCAUUGCGUAUCCGCUCGAUGGGAAGAAAGGAUCGAGGGAAUGUGUAGCGGUUUCCCGAAAGCUUGCGAGUUUGGCGAAUAUACGGCGCAGCUGGUUUUGGCAGCUGUUCCCUCACGCACAAACUGGGACAGAUUUUUUAGUAAUUUGAAUUUAUAUUUGUAUGACAUUGCCGACAUUGUAGCUCGUGCUGAAUAAAGCCUGUAUAGAUUUUGUCCG